GUAAUGUAAUUUGAGGAUACGAGAAUGGCUUUUAAAUCAAUGCUCUCUCAAACUAAAACUAUACUCUAGACAAUUUGGGAUAAUUUAUCAGAAUCAAUCAAUUAAAUAUACGAUUGUAUUGAAAAGGACAACGAUUAGAAGAAUAGUAAAAUACUAGAGAUUGAUUAGACAUAGAUGUGGUUGGAUCAAGAGAUUAAGGAUUUUAUCUAAAAGAUGAAUGAAGGAAUAAUAAAGAUAAAAUCAUUAUAUAAGUAAGAAAUUUAAAUCUUACUCUAGAACUCAAACAAAAGAAUGGAAAAUAUUAGAUGGUCAUAGUAAUUCAGUUCUAUCAGUAUGCUUCUCUCCUGAUGGUAAUACAUUAGCAUCUGGUAGUAAAGAUGAGUCUAUUCGUUUAUGGGAUGUUAAGACAGGAUAAUAAAAAGCUUAACUAGAUGGUCAUGAUAGUUUAGUACUGUCCGUCUGCUUCUCUCCUGAUGGCACUACCAUAGCAUCUGGUAGUUAUGAUAAGACGAUCCGUUUAUGGGAUGUUUCGACAGGAUAAUAAAAAGCCUAACUUAAUGGUCAUAACAAUUGUAUCAACUCAGUAUGCUUCUCUCCUGAUGGUACUAUCUUGGCAUCUGGUAGUAGUGAUAAGUCUAUCCUUUUAUGGGAUGUUAAGACAGGAUAAUAGAAAGCUUAACUAGAUGGUCAUGAAAAUUUAGUACUAUCAGUACGCUUCUCUUCAGAUAGCACUAUCUUAGCAUCUGGCAGUUAUGAUAAUUCUAUCCGUUUAUGGGAUGUUUCAACAGGAUAAUAAAAAGCUUAAUUUGAUGGUCAUAGUAAUCCAGUCUGGUCAGUAUGCUUCUCUCCUGAUGAUAAUAUCUUAGCAUCUGGAUGUGGAGAUAACUCUGUCUGUUUAUGGGAUGUUAAGACAGGAGAAUAGAAAGCUAAAUUAGAUGGUCAUAGUGGAACAGUUAAUUCAGUAUGCUUCUCUCCUGAUGGUACUAUCUUAAUAUCUGCCAGUGAUUCAUCUAUCUAUUUUUGGAAUGUUAAAACAGGAUAACUAAAAGCCAAAUUAGAUGGUCAUGAAAAUGAUGUCUAGUCAGUAUGCUUCUCUCCUGAUGGUAACAGUUUAGCAUCUAGUAGUGAUGAUAACUCUAUCCGUUUAUGGAGGGCUGAGUUGGAAAAGAUGAAUUGAUUAUUCAUCUUAAAAUAAACAGUUA